UUUGGAGAUUAAUUAUUCCCUUUUCUUCUCUCUUCCAGACAUUUACAGCCUGGUGUAACUCUCACCUCCGCAAGGCUGGCACGCAGAUUGAGAACAUAGAAGAAGAUUUCAGGGAUGGCCUUAAACUUAUGUUACUCCUGGAAGUCAUAUCAGGUGAACGUUUGGCAAAGCCGGAAAGAGGCAAAAUGCGAGUGCACAAAAUCUCGAAUGUCAACAAAGCCCUGGAUUUCAUUGCUAGCAAAGGAGUCAAGUUGGUAUCCAUCGGAGCAGAAGAAAUUGUUGAUGGGAAUGCGAAAAUGACCCUUGGAAUGAUCUGGACCAUCAUCCUCCGUUUCGCUAUUCAGGAUAUCUCAGUGGAAGAGACAUCUGCUAAAGAAGGGCUUUUGUUGUGGUGUCAGAGGAAGACAGCCCCAUACAAAAAUGUGAACAUCCAAAACUUCCAUAUUAGCUGGAAGGAUGGCCUUGGUUUCUGUGCCUUGAUUCACAGACAUCGUCCAGAACUCAUUGACUAUGGAAAACUAAGAAAGGAUGAUCCUCUCACUAACCUGAACACAGCUUUUGAUGUGGCUGAAAGAUACCUAGAUAUCCCCAAGAUGUUGGAUGCAGAAGACAUUGUUGGAACAGCCCGUCCUGACGAGAAGGCCAUCAUGACCUAUGUUUCUAGCUUCUACCACGCCUUCUCAGGAGCCCAGAAGGCGGAAACAGCAGCCAAUCGUAUCUGCAAGGUGCUGGCAGUUAAUCAAGAGAAUGAACAGUUAAUGGAAGACUAUGAGAAGUUGGCCAGUGAUUUGCUGGAGUGGAUCCGCCGCACCAUACCUUGGCUGGAGAAUCGGGCUCCAGAGAACACCAUGCAGGCCAUGCAGCAGAAACUGGAGGAUUUCCGAGAUUACCGCCGCCUUCACAAGCCUCCCAAAGUCCAAGAAAAGUGCCAACUGGAAAUCAACUUCAAUACGUUGCAGACUAAGCUGCGACUUAGCAACAGGCCCGCCUUCAUGCCUUCUGAAGGGAAAAUGGUAUCGGAUAUAAAUAAUGCAUGGGGUUGCCUAGAACAGGCUGAGAAAGGCUACGAGGAGUGGCUUUUGAACGAAAUCCGAAGAUUGGAACGGCUGGAUCACCUGGCUGAGAAGUUCCGGCAAAAAGCUUGCAUUCAUGAAUCCUGGACAGACGGUAAAGAAGCAAUGUUGCAGCAGAAGGAUUAUGAAACUGCCACCCUCUCAGAGAUCAAGGCCCUGUUAAAGAAGCACGAGGCAUUUGAAAGUGAUCUUGCUGCUCAUCAGGACCGUGUGGAACAGAUUGCUGCUAUUGCUCAAGAACUCAAUGAGCUGGAUUAUUAUGAUUCCCCAAGUGUCAAUGCCAGGUGCCAGAAAAUAUGUGACCAGUGGGAUAACCUUGGGGCCCUGACCCAGAAACGACGAGAAGCCCUGGAGAGAACAGAAAAAUUGCUGGAGACAAUUGACCAGCUGUAUCUAGAAUAUGCCAAAAGAGCUGCCCCUUUCAAUAACUGGAUGGAGGGGGCCAUGGAAGAUCUUCAGGACACCUUCAUAGUCCAUACCAUUGAGGAGAUCCAGGGAUUGACCACAGCCCAUGAACAGUUCAAAGCUACCUUGCCAGAUGCAGACAAGGAGCGACAAGCCAUUCUAGGAAUCCACAAUGAAGUGUCAAAAAUCGUUCAGACCUACCAUGUCAACAUGGCAGGAACCAACCCCUACACCACCAUCACCCCACAGGAAAUCAAUGGCAAAUGGGACCACGUGAGACAACUAGUUCCCAGGCGGGACCAGGCUUUGAUGGAAGAACAUGCACGCCAGCAGCAUAAUGAGAGACUUCGCAAGCAGUUUGGGGCUCAGGCCAAUGUCAUUGGGCCCUGGAUCCAAACCAAGAUGGAGGAGAUUGGCCGCAUCUCCAUCGAGAUGCACGGGACUCUGGAGGACCAGCUCAAUCACCUGCGGCAAUACGAGAAGAGCAUUGUGAAUUACAAACCAAAGAUUGAUCAGCUGGAGGGAGAUCACCAACAGAUUCAAGAGGCACUCAUCUUUGACAACAAGCACACCAACUACACUAUGGAGCACAUCAGAGUGGGCUGGGAGCAGCUCCUCACAACAAUUGCUAGGACUACCAAUGAAGUGGAAAACCAGAUUCUGACUCGGGAUGCCAAAGGAAUCAGCCAGGAGCAGAUGAAUGAAUUCCGCGCCUCCUUCAACCACUUUGACAGGAAGAAGACUGGCAUGAUGGAUGCUGAAGAUUUCCGCACCUGCCUUAUCUCCAUUGGUUACAAUAUGGGCGAAGCAGAGUUUGCUCGAAUUAUGAGCAUUGUAGACCCCAACCGCAUCGGAGUAGUAACGUUCCAAGCCUUCAUUGAUUUCAUGUCCCGGGAAACUGCAGAUACCGACACAGCUGACCAAGUUAUGGCCUCUUUCAAGAUCCUGGCUGGAGAUAAAAAUUAUAUCACUGUGGAUGAAUUGCGGCGGGAACUGCCUCCUGAUCAAGCUGAAUAUUGCAUUGCUAGAAUGGCACCUUAUACCGGGCUGGAUUCUGUACCUGGUGCCCUGGACUACAUGUCUUUCUCUACAGCUCUCUAUGGCGAAAGUGACCUUUAA